GAAACUGAAGUGACAGACCGGAGAACCCCCUCCGCCCAACCUGUCCCCUUAAACUUAAAGGCAUGCUACACCUAUUGGCGAGUCUGCGCUAUAACAAGGAAGUACGUACGACUACUGGACGUGACGAUGUGAACUUCAAAUCACGCCAGGAUGUCUGCUGAGAACGAGAAGAGAACGGUGGAGGUGCGGGGUGUACCCGAGGGUGUGGACGAGGAGCUACUGCAGCUGUACUUCGCCAACAAGCGACGCUCUGGCGGAGGUCCACUCGUAUCUGUGGAGAAGAAAGGGGACCAUGCCUUUCUGGUUUUUGAAGAGGAGGAAGUCGCCGCGCGGGUGUUGUCCAAAGAGCAGCAUGUUGUUUACAACGCAGAGAUCACCGUAAGAAGACCCGUCCUGAAGGACCAGCGAAGGCUGCUGCUGUGUGGCCUCCAGCCCAACACCUGCAUGGAGCUGGUGGAGCUGUACGUGGAGAACGUGAUGGAGGUGGACGUGGACGAGUACACCCUAACCCCGCUGCUUGGCCGGGACGCCCUCCUCGUCUAUCUACAUCAGCCCCUCGCUACAGACUUCUUCAGCCUGAGCUCCAAGAUAUCCAAGAAGCCGCUGGAGGGCUCAAGGCUCACCCUGGAGCAAAUCGAGCAGACAGACUCCGUCCUGGUGGAGAACCUCCACCCCGGCCUGUCCGUCAGGUUGCUGACGCUGCACUUCGAGGGCAGCCAGCCGGCGGACCUGAAGGUGAAGGAGGUCGUCAUGCUCUCAGAGAGCACUGCCCGGGUGACCUUUGUCCACCCUGAAGCUGUGGAACAUGUCCUGAAGCAUCCACACAUACUGAACGAUGCCACCCUCACCGUGUCUCCCUACCAUGUAUUCAACCAACCUUCAGCUUGUCAAGCCCAAAGCGAUCCAUCACUGAGCUGUGUGAGUGUCUCCUCAGACGACGGGCCCGAGAGCGAGGUAGACAUUUUGGAUUCAGUUCAACCACAGGCCAGUCCUCUGACUGUUGAUAGUAUUGAGAUCCGGUCCUCGCGGCAGACAGCCUUAGCAACCGUCAACUCCAACAUGAGGUCUAUUGACAUAGUGGACAGAGCCAUGGCGGACGUCACAGAGGUCAUGCCAGACACGCAUUCGGUUGACAUCACAAUCCAGGACUCAGUGAAACUCCAAUUGUUCCAAUUGAGCACCCUUCCCCAGGACAUCCACCAGACGCAUCCAAACGUAAACACGCAGGUUGUAGAUGACACGGUUCACCUCACCGGACCUGACAAACAGGAACUGCAGCGUCUGAAGACCACUAUUGUCGACUUAUUGGCUGGAAUGGCUCAGUCGACUUUGACCCUUGACGUUGAGAUGGCCAAGUUCCUUGAAAAUGACGACGUGCGAGAAAAACUUCUUCAAACCUUCUCUCAACUGGGGAUUACCGCCAUCUACACGGUGUUAGACAAGGUUAUCGUGGUUACUGCCCUGUCUCAGGAGAUGGCGACCCAGGGGUGUGUCUCGCUGACAUCCCAGCUGUGUACAAUAUGCAUCCCGGUGCAGAAGGAAUACGAGUGCAUGCUGUACUCUGAGGAGUGGGCGGCGUUCCUCCGGACGUUGGGCUUGUGUUCGGCGAAGGUGUCUGAGGACGGGGCGAGUGUGGACCUGUGGACGCUGAAAGGAUUGGAGGAGGAGAAGCGGAGCAAGGUGACCGAGUUCCUCCUGACCCCCAUCGAGCAGGAGAAAUUCAUCGCCAUGGAGCCAGGCAUGCUGAAAUACGUCCAGAUGUAUUUCCAUCAGCUGAUGGCUGAAAUGAACCAAGUUGUGAUUCUUCCGAUAGAUGGGAAAGAGCUUUGCGGUUUAAGGAUCCAGGGCUUGGCUGGUCACUGUCAAAAUGCACAAGAGCUCUUACAGAGCAUGGUCUCAUCAGUGUGUACCAAAACCCUCACCAUAAACCAGUCGGGUGUGGCCCGCUUCCUGGUAGAGUCGGAGGGGACCGGCAUCCUUAACGAAAUGCGGGCCAAGUUCCAGAUCUGCAUCAGCUUGGACAAGAUCCACUGGGCCCCUCUGCAGAGUCAGGACAUCUUUGAAGCUGCAUGGAAACUCCUGUCCCACAUAAACUUCCAGAAGGCGGCUUCAGCUCGCACUGCAGCCAGCCUCCAGUCAGCUUUAACAGACAAUGGUGAUUUGGACAAAGGGAGCCAGGAAGAGGAUGAUGAGGAUCUUUACACAGCGGGGGACACCAGAGACCCCGAGGAAGGCAUGAUGCUCGACGAAGCAAGUGCCGGCCCUUCCUCGUUGAAAGUCUCUCCGGGAGCCACAGGACUGCAGGAACAGGAACAAAUGUCGCUGGCCAUCCAGAACUCCCUGUUCUCAACCGCGGAGGACGAGGAACUGCAGAUGGUCCUGGAACUGUCCAGGCAAGAAGGCUCCUACAUCUCGUACGCGAUGAGCACCCAGCACUCGAUGCCCCGGUGCCUCAGCACGCUACUGGAGGACAUGCGGGCGGCCGACGUGGCCCUGGUCAAGGUGUAUGCAGGCUUCAGCAGCGACCUCAUCCGCGCCGACAUCGCCCUCAAGAAGAAGGUCUCCCUCCGGCAGGUGGAGGAAACCAUGGAGCAGAAGGGGCUGACGGACAUGUCAGACUUCCACCGCCAGGCCGUGCAGGUGAUCAAGAGGAAGCACGCGGUGGAGAUCCGGGUUCAGGGCAACAUGCUCACGGUGUCCGGGUUCAAGGACUUUGUGACCGAGGCACUGCCCGACGUGCGGCUGCUGCUGCAGAGGGUGUCCUCCCGCCGCGACGAGGACGAGCUCCUGAGCAACAUCCAGUGGGCGAGGCAGGACCCGGCCACCGCGGCCAUGACGCCGUAUGAACCGGACACCAUAGUGUUCCUUGAGAACACCUGGAGGAUGAAGGAGAAGGAAGUGGCCAUCCUGCUUAACGGCCAGCCCCACAUCGUUGACCUCGUGAAGAUGGAGGAUUACAACGUGGCCUCUAAGAAGUCUUUGACGGUCGCUCGCACCGCGAUCAGUGACUUGGAUGUUGAUGUUGAAGCCUGCCUUCGAAUGACGCCAGAGCGUUCUUUGCUGGCCAAUCUGCCGGAGGUUUCCAGAAUCGAUGAGAACUCUGAGGAAUUCCAGGAGGUGGUGAAGAACUUCUACGGCAGCAUCAAAGGAUACCACAGUAAAAUAAGGAUUGUCAAGGUGGAGAAACUGGGGAAUCGCCUGCUCUGCAGUCAGUACAAGCUGAAGAAGGCCAGCCUCUAUAAGAGUGGCGUACACAACGAGGUGGAGCGAACCCUCUACCACGGGACUAGCGAGUCCAGCGUGAAGGACAUUUACCUUCACGGAUUCAACAGGAGCUUCUGCGGAAAGAACGCCACGGUAUACGGCCAGGGGGUGUAUUUUGCUCUAAACUCUGCGCUGUCGGUCGCAGAUCAAUACUCGCCACCAAACGCAGAUGGACACAAGUUUGUUUUCGUAGCAAAAGUGUUGACGGGGGACUUCACACUGGGCUGCAGCAGUAUGAAAGCCGCACCCCUCAAAGAGAGUGCGGACAUUCCCCUAAGAUACGACAGUGUGACGGACAACCUCAGCAAGCCCACCAUGUUUGUCAUUUUUAACGAUACACAGGCUUACCCCGAGUACCUGAUUACCUGCCAGAAUAUCCCCCGCUAAGUGUGCAUGAUUCUAGGAGAAACCAUGUUCUAUUACAUAAUGGGGAAAGGGCAAAUAGGUAUUACCUUCAUUUUCUGACAAUUUCUGAAACAACUUUGGAAUUAUUGUGCACACUACAUUGUGAGAUAUUCCUUCAUUUUAUUACAGAAGUACCAACCAAUUUAAGCAAAAUCUAAAACUAAAUUAUAUACCUGUUUGGGUAUAGUCAUCUUUGACAGUGCUAUGAGCACCUUCAGACAUAAAUCGUUCAUUCAUUUGUGCAAAAUGAUUGGACGCAAUUAUGCUGAUUUUGAAAAUCACUAUUUGAUUUGGGUCUCAAUACUGUACUUUACGACGUUAAGUCAAAGCUCAAAGCGAAUAUUACAUAGCAAAAGCUAUGUAAAAAGAACAAUAAAAUAGGAUGUGUCUCUUAAUCAUUGAUGUGUAAAGUGUGUGUGUGUGUGUUCAUAAAUUGUUAUUAAAACCCCAAAAACGUUCA